AAUCAUGAGUGUGUUGUAUCAGAAAGAGGCGUGUACAGGCUGUAUGAAGGCAUCAGAUUUCUCUAUUGAUAAAAAAGGAAUCAAGAAGAGAAACUGGAGGACAAGGAUACGCUAUCUCUUGAAGUUCACCUCUUCUUCAAAAUCCAUGGCAAGAAGAAGAUCUUACAGGCCAACAGUGGAUGAAGUCAACCAAUGGGCACAGUCACUUGACGAACUCCUGAGUCACAAAUAUGGAAAGGCAGCAUUUAGGAUCUUCCUGAAGUCAGAGUUCUGUGAGGAGAAUAUAGAGUUUUGGACAGCCUGUGAGGAGUUCAGGACCAUCUUAUCUCAAGGGAAACUGUCGUCGAGGGCCAGAAGCAUCUAUGAAGAGUUCAUCCAGUGUGAUGCUCCUAAAGAGAUCAACCUGGACUACCAAACGAAAGAUGCUAUCGUCCAGAGCCUGCGUCUGCCUAGCCUGACAUGUUUCCUGUCGGCCCAGAAGAAGAUAUUCAGCCUGAUGGAGAACAACUCGUACCCUCGCUUCAUCCACUCGGAGCUCUACAAGGAACUUUGUGCCAUCGCCAGGGGAGGGGGAAAUAUCUCAAGUAUUAUGAUUAACCACUCUGAAAAAUUGUCUAUGAAGUCACGCAUUACAUGUUGCACUGACACCAUGUAGUAACAUGGAAUGUAAAACCAUUUCACAUUUGAGCCAUGCGGUCAAUGGCAAUGCUGUAGCACACUAUUUAUAAACGGUACUUUAGUGUAGGAAGUACAGUGAAUAACUGUAAAUAGCUUUUCAUUUACAUUUGAAAAAUUUAAAUUCAACUUUGUACAUCCUGCUUUUGCAGAUUGAGACAAAAUAAUGCAGAUCAGAUGUAAAGUCAUUUUAAUAUCCGCUUAAAAUGGAACUGCUUAUCCUGUUGUGUUUGAAUAUGCAGUUGAGUUAGUUUCAAUUGAUAACUGUUUUGCUGGAGAGUUGAAUGGAGGUGAAUGUUUUGCCCACAUCGGGAUUUCGAAAUUCAACGGAGGGCCGCACAGAUACAUUUUAUUACAGAAAAAGGGCAGUUAUUUGAAAAUAUAUAGGUCCAUUAUAAUUUCGACAUACUUUCUAUGUAGUUUUAGAUGUUCAAGAAUGGCCUGGAGUGUUUUUCUAACCCUCCUAAACCCCCACCCCAGUUCAUUGUGGGUGAACUUACUGUAAAUAAAACAAUAGACGUAGAGGCAAACGUACGGUGGCAGCUGGACUGCAACACUGUUGUUCUUUUUUUGUUUUGUUAAAUACA